AUGCAACUGCAUUACUGGGCUCAGCCUCUUUCUGUAUGUACUGAGAGUUGCAAACCUGGUUCUUACAAGAAAGUGAAGGAAGGGGAGCCAUUUUGCUGCUAUGAUUGCAUCCCAUGUCCAGAGGGGAAAAUGACAAACGAGGACGAUAUGAGUGACUGUAAUAAAUGCUUAGAUGAAAACUAUCCGAGCAAGAGGCAAGAUACAUGCAUUCCCAAGGAUAUAAGCUACUUGUCUUUUGGAGAGCCUUUGGGCAUUAGUUUAGCCUUCCUUGCUCUUUCCUUUGGUUUGAUCACAGCACUGGUGCUGGGAAUAAUUCUGAAGAACCGGAACACUCCCAUCAUCAAAGCCAACAACCGAAACCUCACCUAUACUCUCCUCAUCUCCCUCCUGCUCUGUUUCCUUUGUGCUUUAUUGUUCAUUGGCCGGCCUAAGGUGGUGACAUGUCUCCUCCGACAAACUGCUUUUGGCAUCAUCUUUUCAGUGGCUGUUUCUUGUGUGCUGGCAAAGACCAUUACUGUGGUUCUGGCUUUCAUGGCCACCAAACCAGGUUCCAGGAUGAGGAAGUAUGUGGGGAAAAGACUGACCAACUCAAUUAUUCUUUCCUGCCCCCUUAUUCAAGCAGGCAUAUGUGUUGUGUGGCUGGCAACAUCUCCCCCAUUCCCAGAUGUUGACAUGCAUUCCCUGACUGAAGAAAUUAUAUUAGAGUGUAACGAGGGCUCUGUGACUAUGUUUUACUCUGCUGUUGGCUACAUGGGCUUCCUGGCAGCUGUCAGUUUCACAGUGGCUUUUCUUGCCAGGAAGUUACCUGACAGUUUCAAUGAAGCCAAGUUUAUAACUUUCAGCAUGUUGGUCUUUUGUAGUGUUUGGUUAUCUUUUGUUCCAAGUUACCUGAGCACUAAAGGCAAAUCUAUGGUAGCAGUGGAGAUCUUUUGUAUUUUAGCCUCUAGUGCUGGAUUGUUAGGUUGCAUUUUUUCCCCAAUUUGUUAUAUUGUUGUGUUAAGACCUGACUUGAACAACAGGGAAAUGCUAACAAGAAGAAAAGAAUAA